AUGAAAAACAUCAUCGACGACAAAAGUGAAGAUCUCGAGAGAACAAAGGAAGAAAUGGAAAAGCUCAAAAUUAAAAUAGACGAACAGCAACGGAAAAGAACGAAAAUGGAACAAGUGUUAAGGCUUAAGAGGCAAAGUCUUUUGACAUUGCAACUCACUCACGAAGCAAUACAGCUGGAGUCACAAGCAUUUGAAGAAUCAGCUGCUUAUGCACUUAGCUGCAUCAGUAAUAAAUUGGAGGCUGCGGGUAAUAUUGUAGUCCAAUUGACUCGAGUCGGGAUUCCUCCUUUAGAAGGUUCAAGCAACUAUAUUCCCACCAUGGAUCGAGCAAAAGAAGAAUGGAAGAAAACAGAAGACCACAUAAAGGUUUUGGGGAUCUUACAGGAGAAAUAUGCAAGUAUCAAAGAAGUUACUCCCAAGAAAUCAACAAAAAUUCAAAAGUAA